GUCAGGAUUGCCAGUCCAGGAUGUCUACGAGCUUAAAACAAGCCUUGGCCGUGGCGGAGUUGGUCGCGUCGUCCAGGGCGUAUGUUUACGAAGUCAGCUUACACGGGCUGUCAAGAUCACCAGUCGCAAGUCCGACCCUUCAGGAUUUGAGCUUUCUCUAAUGAGCAAGCUGGACCAUCCGAACGUCGUGCGGCUUUUUGAGACAUUCAUUGAUGAAGCUAGAGAUGAAAUCCAUUUGGCCAUGGAGCUUUGUAGAGGUGGAGCCUUACCCAGUUAUGCCCGUGAGUUCUGGCCUCCACUCGAGGAGGCUGCAGCCGCUGUAAUCAUGUGGCAGCUGCUUGGGGCCGUGAGUUAUCUGCAUAAGCAGUCCCUGAGCCAUGGCGACAUCUGCCCUGCCAAUGUCCUCAUGCUACAUUUCGACCAGCCGCCAGAACAAAAUGUCACCAAGCUCAUUGACUUUGGGGCCCACGCGGGCCGUCGCACGCAUGACUUGCCUUCAACGGGCCUGGUGAUGCGAGCUUUGCUGGGCUGGUGUUGCGGCAUGAAAGGCAGCUCCCUUCGGGAAACUCCUGUGGCGAAGAAAGGGCAGACGACAGUAUACAGUGAGGGAGGUCUAGGGGUUCCCAUCAGCAAGCAAGCAGCAGAGCUGAUGAGCAGAUUUGCGAGUUCCGAGAGCGAUACCUCUUACACAACGGAGAAAGCUUUGUGCCACAAUUGGUUCAUCCGCGCCAGGCGUGGAGAAGUGCCUGUGCGGAAAGAAACGUCCAAAAGAGGCGCAAAGAAGUCCGAGGAUCCCAAAACACCGAGAAGCUCCCGCUCUGCCAAGGAGCGUGCCAAGAGCACAGACAAAGGCGGAAAAGACAAGGAGUCUGAUCCCAAGCAAGUGAAGAGUGCGAAAGCAAAGCUCGGUGAAGUUGAGGCUGCACCUGUGCCUGAAGCUGGAUGGUUUGGCUCACGAGCCCAGCUUCCACGAAAUUUUGUUGCGAAGCUGAGGGCGUUCUGUGCUGCAAACAGCGUGUCCAAAGCCAUACUCCUUGUGGGAGCCGACUUUCUUGGAGAGGAUGCCCUUGCUCCUGUACGUGCCGCGUUUCAACGCUUGGACGGCUGGUGUCCCGAUGGCCUCCUUACGGAAGAUGACCUCAGGCGCCGUCUGCCAAAGUUGGGAUGCAAAGAGGUUCCCAAAGACUUGGACCGUUUGCUCAUCGAGGCUGAUGUCGACGGGGUGGGCGUGCUGGACUACACAACCUUCCUCGGCGUUGCUGUGGGGGCGCAGGAGUUGUUGAGCAGCCAGCUUGGUCAGCGGGUUUUCAAUGUGCUCGAUCGGGAUCGAGAUGGUGUGGUCUCGGUAUCUGAUCUAUCGGCGUUUCUGGGCCGGGCCGACAAGGAGAUGAUCGAGACCGAGUUGUCAAACCUAGGGAUCAAAGCCCCGCUGACUUUCGAGA